AUGAUUCCUACCAAGUUCUUUUUCGCCGCCGCAUGCUUGCUCGCCGUCAUCGUUGUCCACAGCCCGGUAGAGGCAAGUCCACAGAUUGACCUUAUGGGCGGCUACGACAUCAUUGGAAUUUGCAUCACCAACUGUGCCCAGUGCAAGAAGAUGUACGGGGCUUUCUUCGAGGGACACCUUUGCGCGGAGGCGUGCGUGCAAUUCAAAGGAAAAACUAUUCCGGACUGCGAGGACCUCGGUUCCAUAGCACCGUUUCUGAACAAAAUGAGCUAG